AUGAAAAUCCUGACAGCAAACUUCCUGACUUGCGCCGUCAAGGCGUGCAAGGCCUCCCCGGCUGCUUUUCCCUUGCAUUUCUCUGACGCAGAACUCGAGCAGGAAGAGACAGAGUUCCAAGCAGAUUUUCUACGGAAUAUCUUACCGCGCAUAGACUGGGAGGCAUUGGUGGUGACAGCGGGUGAGCUCGGUUUCACUUCCAUAACCUCCGCAAAGCCCGAAGGUGACGCCGUGACGGACGAGCUAUUGCAAGAAUUGCACCGCUUCCUGCUUGAAACACAUGUAAUGGAGGGCAAGCUGGUGUGUGGCAACUGCGGGCACGAGUAUCGAAUUAAAGAAGGGAUUCCGAAUUUCUUAUUGCCGAGCCAUCUUGGCGCUUACGGCAUCGCCAAUGGACAGAUGGAAAGCGAAAAAUGCAAUCGAGAGAUAAAGAGAGGACACAACAUCCGCGUUACAACGCUAAUGAUUUAA